AUCCCUGCUCCUCCUACUCCUCUGCCAGCCUUCACUCCUGUCUGCGGUAAGCCAGGUUGUAUAAGAUCGGAUAUCAGAAUGGGCUAUCCCACCCCAUCUCUUAAAAGAAGGGAAUUGGAAAGAAUGAAGUGAAACUGUGUGGGGGACAGCUGAAAGAUCUGUGAUGACAAGAGCACAAGUGUUAUCAGGUGACUGCAGCAGACCCUGGUUAUCAAGAGAGCCCAGUGGUGGUGGUGGUGGCAAUGAUAAUGUUGGAGGAAUAGUCUUAGCUCUCGCUUCUAACCCUCAUCUUUCUUCAGCUGUCUCACUCAGCCCCAAACAACAGUUUUCCUGGUGGGGUUGUGUCCCUGGCUGUCUGCAACAUAACUUUCCUUUAGCUGAACAGAAUACAGAAGUCACAGCUGCUUUCAACCAGUGAAGGCCCCAUAAUUGGUUGGGUCUGCUAAGCCCUUUUGCAGAUUUUGGUCCUUCUGCUUUCACCGGUUUGGGGAGUUAUGCCAUGUGGACAGCAUCUACCUGAUCAGUAACCUGCCUUCCUCCUUGUGGUCCUGGGGGGGAAGCCAUGGACUCCAGCAGGUCUGAACCUCUGCAAGGAUCACCAGAGGCUGAAGAUGGAAACAUCGAAUAUAAACUGAAGCUGGUGAACCCAUCCCAGUAUCGUUUUGAGCACCUGGUGACACAGAUGAAGUGGCGGCUCCAGGAGGGCCGUGGUGAGGCCGUCUACCAGAUUGGGGUAGAGGACAAUGGGCUGCUGGUGGGGCUGGCUGAGGAGGAGAUGCGGGCUUCCCUCAAGACCCUGCACCGGAUGGCAGAGAAAGUUGGGGCAGACAUCACUGUUCUCCGAGAGCGAGAAGUGGACUAUGAUAGCGACACACCCCGGAAGAUCACCGAGGUGCUAGUACGAAAGGUUCCUGACAACCAACAGUUCCUGGACCUCCGUGUGGCCGUCCUGGGGAAUGUGGACUCAGGGAAGUCAACUCUGCUUGGAGUCCUGACCCAGGGAGAGCUGGACAAUGGGCGGGGCCGGGCUCGGCUCAACCUUUUCCGCCACCUGCAUGAAAUUCAGUCCGGCCGAACCUCCAGCAUCAGCUUCGAGAUCCUGGGCUUUAACAGCAAGGGAGAGGUGGUGAAUUACAGUGACUCAAGGACGGCAGAAGAGAUCUGUGAGAGCAGCUCCAAGAUGAUCACCUUCAUCGACCUGGCAGGCCACCACAAGUACCUGCACACCACCAUCUUUGGCCUCACCUCCUACUGCCCCGACUGCGCCCUGCUCCUCGUCAGUGCAAACACUGGGAUCGCUGGCACCACACGGGAACACCUGGGGCUGGCACUGGCCCUGAAAGUGCCCUUCUUCAUCGUGGUCAGCAAGGUGGACCUGUGUGCCAAGACUACCGUGGAGAGGACAGUACGCCAGCUAGAGCGGGUCCUCAAGCAGCCUGGCUGCCACAAGGUUCCCAUGCUGGUCACCUCUGAGGACGAUGCCGUCACUGCUGCACAGCAGUUUGCCCAGUCCCCCAACAUCACCCCUAUCUUCACACUGUCCAGCGUGUCUGGAGAGAGCCUGGACCUGCUCAAAGUCUUUCUGAACAUUUUGCCUCCACUCACCAAUAGCAAAGAGCAGGAGGAGCUCAUGCAGCAGCUGACAGAGUUCCAGGUGGAUGAAAUCUACACGGUACCAGAGGUGGGCACAGUUGUUGGAGGGACACUUUCCAGUGGGAUUUGCCGUGAGGGGGACCAGCUGGUGGUAGGCCCCACGGAUGAUGGCUGCUUCCUGGAGCUCAGAGUUUGCAGCAUCCAACGCAACCGCUCUGCCUGUCGUGUGCUGCGAGCUGGUCAGGCCGCUACGCUGGCCCUCGGGGACUUUGACAGAGCUCUCCUUCGCAAGGGCAUGGUGAUGGUGAGCCCAGAGAUGAAUCCCACCAUCUGCUCAGUGUUCGAGGCAGAGAUAGUGCUGCUGUUCCAUGCCACCACCUUCCGGCGAGGCUUCCAGGUGACAGUUCACGUGGGCAACGUACGCCAGACAGCAGUGGUGGAGAAGAUACAUGCAAAGGACAAGCUGCGGACAGGGGAGAAGGCAGUGGUACGUUUCCGCUUCCUGAAACACCCAGAGUACCUGAAGGUGGGCGCCAAGCUGCUGUUCCGGGAGGGUGUCACCAAGGGCAUCGGCCAUGUCACCGAUGUGCAAGCCAUUGCAGCAGGAGAGGCCCAGGCCAACAUGGGCUUCUGAACUCCAAGCGGGCACAGCUCUUCUGCUGUCCCUACAAUACAAAAGGUGACUUCCGGCCACGCUGCCCCCCACGUUGGCGGCUCUGUGUGUUAGUAGGGUAGAGAGAGGGGGCGCUCUCCACUGCCUGCUCCCUGCCACAUUUUCUGGAGACAUGCCAAUCUAGGUAUGACCAGGGAGGGGCAGUCAGUCGUGAGGGAGAAGACAGAAUUCAGGGCAGUGCUCAGCAGCCUAGUGUUCACCUGAUUGGCUCAUCAAGCCUGGCAACCCUGCGGCCUGUCUACCGGAGGGAGCUGACCACCGCCCCAGCGGCCCCACUGUCAGGACUGGGCAUGAUCCACCGGAGUGGUCCCUGCACGUCAGGAAUUGUCACAACUGCUCGGGGUGGUCCUCGAAAGCUUCCCUUUUUCUAUACCUCUUCUCAAGGCCAUGUAAGUUGCCCACCUCUACUUGACUGUGGACAAAAGACCUCUGCUCCAGGCCAUCCGGUGGCCCAGGGUCUGAAGAAAAGGCACAGGGACAGUGAAGGCAGAGCUCCCACCCUGUGCCAAGACACAAGGCCAGCUCCUCAGCUUUCUCCCCCUUCCCUUCUUCACUCAAGGGCCACGUCCCCAGUUUCUCCUCUCAAAGGCCCCACAGGUGCUAUUUGUUGUGCUGGCCCAGGUGUGGGGCCGCCAAGCUAAGACUUGGCCAACCGAAGGUCAGCUGCAUGUCAAUAAGUCUUGUCCCCGCCUCCACAGUGAUCUGUUGAUUUUAACUCUGGAUCAACCAGGAUGUUUUACUUUCCCCGACCACAGCUCCCCGUCCCACACCCUCGCCUCCCUUCUGGCCCCAUGUGAGUCCUCUCUUGUUUUAGUAGUUUGCAGUGAGCAUCCCUUUCCCUCUGUUGCAGGGAACCUGGAGGGAAGGGAAGGAUGUUGCCAUAUUUCCUACUCUUUAGGGCAUGGAUUCCCUCCUUUCCCUUUGUUAGUGUCCUGGGUUCCCAUGGGCUCAGGGAUUUGGUUGAGGUUUCUCUGCAUAUAUAUAUAUAUAUACACACACAUAUAUAUUUAAAUACACAUAUAUAUAUUGUACAGAAUAAAAAUGUUUUAUUGAAUACACCGUGCUUA